CGCCGUGCAGGCACGUGCCGGCUCAGCUUCCUGGAGUGAGGCUGCGCCGUGGUUAAAGGACACAAACGUGUUUAUCAGUAACUACAGGGACACGUUUAUUGUGCUCAUCAUCUGUCUGAGACAUCAUACAUCAUACAGCACGGGAAGCUGCUUUCGGGUGCUUGUUCCCUGAUCACUGUCAUGCUCCUGGUGCCUGGUUAUGGAUCAGGAUCAGGAUCGAGCUCACGUGUGCGGCGAGGAUGAGACGUCAAGUGCGCCGGCGUAUCGCAUCGAGAGACCCGUGUUGAGUGAAGAACACAUCCACACCCAGCUGCAGAAGAAAGAGAAGACGCUGAAGUCUGUGAGACAGAGACUGGCAGAAUGCUGCAGCUGUUCAUCUGAUAGAGCCAAAUCCAUCCUCUUUGGCCUCCUUCCCAUCUUAUCAUGGCUGCCGUCGUACCCUCUGAAGCAGUAUCUGUUCGGAGACCUGGUCUCGGGUCUAAGCACAGGAGUCAUGCAGCUGCCUCAGGGUCUUGCAUACGCGAUGUUAGCUGCAGUUCCUCCAGUCUAUGGUCUGUAUUCAUCCUUCUAUCCUGUUCUUCUCUACACGUUCUUCGGCACCUCCAGACACAUAUCCAUAGGCACGUUUGCGGUGAUCAGUCUGAUGAUCGGGAGCGUGGUGGUGAGAGAAGCGCCGGACUCCAUGUUUCCUCUGAACGGGACCAACGGGACGGAGCUGAUCGACGUCGCGGCUCGAGAUGCCAGAAGAGUGCAAGUGGCCGUGGCUCUGACCGCGCUCAUGGGGAUCAUUCAGUUGGUACUCGGAAUACUGAGGUUCGGCUUCGUGGCGAUUUAUCUGACCGAGCCGUUGGUGCGAGGCUUCACCACUGCCGCAGCCGUGCACGUGUUGGUCUCUCAGCUGAAAUACUUCUUUGGGGUUAAAACUCAGCGCUACAGCGGGCCGUUAUCUGUCCUUUAUAGUCUUGUGGCUGUGUUUAAACACAUCACCAGCACAAACCUCAGCACGCUGGUUGUGGGAGUGCUGUGUGUGAUCUUCCUCUACGCUGUGAAGUACUCGAAUGAGCGUUUCAAAAAGAAGCUUCCCAUCCCCAUUCCCGGAGAAAUCAUCGUGGUGAUCGUCUCGACAGGCGUGUCUUACGGCAUGGCUCUGCAUGAUAAUUACCAGGUGGAUGUAGUAGGUGAAAUCCCUACAGGACUUGAAGCACCGACUCUUCCAGAUUUCAGUGUGCUCCCUAACCUGGUCACAGACGCUGUAGCUCUGGCGGUGGUGGGGUUCUCCAUCGGGAUCUCUCUGGCUAAAAUAUUCGCUCUUAAAUACAGCUACAGUGUGGACGGGAACCAGGAGCUGAUUGCGCUCGGCUUGUGUAACUCCGUCAGUUCCUGUUUCCACACCUUUGCCGUCACCUGCUCCAUGUCUCGCAGUCUGGUGCAGGAGAGCACAGGAGGGAAGACUCAGAUUGCAGGGUUGUUGUCCUCCUUGCUGGUCCUUUUGGUGAUUCUGGCAGUCGGCUUUCUGUUCCAGCCUUUACCUCAGACCGUGUUAGCUGCUAUUAUCAUGGUCAAUCUUCUGGGCAUGUUCAGGCAGAUCCGAGACAUUCCUGCUUUAUGGAGAACAAGCAAGAUUGAACUGGCGAUUUGGGUGGUGGCCUUUGUGGCAUCCGUCCUGCUGGGGUUGGAUUACGGCCUCCUGGUGGCCGUUACAUUUGCUAUACUCACAGUCAUCUACAGAACCCAGAGCCCUAAAAGUGUUAUUCUCGGGCAAAUCUCUGGCACCGGACUUUACUACGACACUGAGGAAUAUGAAGACGCGACAGAAUGUUCAGGAAUUAAGAUUUUCCAUUCCAAUUCUUCCAUCUACUUUGCAAACAGUGACCAGUACGUGAGCACUCUCAAGGAAAAAACAGGAGUCGAUCCUGCACAGCUGCUGGCUGAGAGAAAAUCCCAGCAGAAGCGACUGAAAAAGAAAGAAAAGAAGAAACUGCAUCGAUCUCUCCAUCCCAGCUCUGAGGAGAAGAAGACAGCCGUCGUCAAACUGGAUCUGGAAUUAAGUGUAAGUCAUGAACUGGUGGACGAACCUCAGACAGAAUCGCACAUUAACGGACAAAUCGCCGAGGCCGAGUCUGACUCCGAGCAGGAUCGCUUCCUCCAGCCGUUCUGUCCCAUCCACUCCAUCAUCCUGGACUUAAGUGCUGUCAACUUCAUGGACUCUGUAGGAGCCAAAGCUAUUAAAUCUGUUAUUAAGGAGUUUGCAGCCAUAGAUGUGAAAAUCGUGCUUGCUGGAUGUAGCCGAACUCUCCUCUCUGAUCUCAGGACGCUGCAGUUCUUCAGCAGUGCUGUGACUCUGGACAUGGUCUUUCCCACCAUUCAUGACGCUGUACUGCACUGCAAACACACGAGGGCGCUCUCCCUCUGCCCCGCUCCAACCCCCACCGAGCACACAGGAAACAGGACGUGCUCAUCUGAAGGGUUAGAAUGAUGUGUUGUACGGAGUGGAGAACGAGUGAGUUUAGAGUAGAAAAGCAUUUAGAAGCAAAACAGGAAGGUUCUGCCUUUAAACUCGUCUCGAGUCGAACGUGAAAAUACUGGGAGAGAAACAUGUUCUCGCUGAACACAACGCUGAACACCAUCACACACACACACACACACACACACACACUUUCAUUCAGACCUCUCUGGGUUUUGUUUUUUAAUCUCUUCAAAUCCCAUAAUAUCCACAUCACAUAGUUUAAAGGUGUUUUUCACACUUGUAACUUACAAAAGAAGCUUUAAAUGCACUAAUUUUUUCCCCCAUGAUGUCUUUAAUUAAUGAAUUUAAAAACAAAAGAUGGGGAAAAAAAUGAAAUCGUUAAAUAAUUAAAUGUUUGUUUUGGUAAAAAUGUAAUUCAAUGAUUAAAAUGAUGUUAAAACGUGUGACUGAACCAAAACAAACACAAUGAAUUAAAACGAUUAAUAAAUUAUUACGUUUAAUAACAAAAUAUUCAAAUGAACCAAUGGAGUAGAUAAUUAAUAAAUCGUUAAUUCAUUCAUUGAUUUUUUUUACGAUAACACUUGUCUGAUGUCCGGCAGAAGAAAACGAGUUAAUAACGAAGAGACUUGCACCUUAUUUCAUCUACGUUACUGAGAAUAAUAAAAUACCUAACGAAGAGCGUUAGCUAGCUGACACGCGGAGCGCCGGAGACCAUUUCCAUGGUUACAAGUGACUGGUUACGGUGACGGUCAAUACGCAGCAGCAUUGUAAUAUAACCUGAAGCACGGAAGCUGUUACAGUGUUAAUUAUUUCCUCAUUUCUGGUCAAAAUGCUGGUAAAGAUCAAAAUUUAUAAUUUUUUUGUAUUUUUUACUGGAUUGACUGUGUUUAUAAACCAAAUGCUGAUGUUACUGUUUGAUAUUUUUAUAUUCAUCUACCAAAAAAAAACAACAAAUCUGUGACGAAGCUCAGGCUCUUCUGAAUAUCGGAGUGUGUUAAUAUAUUAUUGUGAGUGUUUUAGAUGUGACCGUGUGUGCGAGAGGCUUAGUGUUGUGUGUAGUCUCUAUUGAACGUAACGCUAUUUUGUGCUUUUUAGAGCUAUUUUGUAUAAUAAAAGGAAAAUCUCAAA